GUUAGGAUACUUGAGAAUUGAGAUAUAUGAAUUGACGACCUUAGAGAUCAUUUAUCUUCUCAAAAAUGACAAGGUCUCUUUGUACUUCUUGUGGUCUCAGGAGCAGGCACUGCCAAUGUCAUCAGCAAGUUUCAACCGCCCCAAACGCAAAUGCAAACGGUAACAAUGGGGAAAGAGCGUUCAAGCUUACACCAGCCUCCUUCUGCGUUUUAUACCUCAUGUACACACUCGCAUUGUUUGGAUUCUCCUUCACCUUCUCUAUGUGUACAGUCGUCAUUCCCGAAAAACUUAGCGGGUCUUGUUACUUGGACGUCUUUGCUGACUCCUUCUCUGUCUCAAACGCCUCAAACGCAAACGCAACCGCUGAUUGGAACAUCGGGUUUACAACAAGGAAUCCAGGUAACGGAUGUAAAGUCUCUCUCCACACAAUCAAGUCGCGUCUCCUCCGCGGAGGCAAGCUUAUCUCCGAGUCAUCCACUCCUGAUUAUUUCGGUUUACUCAUAGCCAGAAAAAUCAAUGAUGUACCGCUUCCUUUUGUCGUUUUCAAAACGGUUCCAACGCCCAGCAACGGCGUGGUUUGGGAUCUUCGGGUCGAAGUCGUGUCUAGCUUUAAGAGAACCGGUCGGGCCGGUCAUGGAGAUGGUUUCUUGGUCGUCACUUGCAGCAAUAUACCGGUAAAUUUCACGGCAGAUCCGGCUGGAAAUGUGAAUGGAUCGUUGAUUGGAUAUAUGAGGCCGUGUGAGUAUUUAGUCCAGGAAGAGUAUACGGACACAUCCUUUUAGACUCUCUGAUCAUGAAUCUAUCUCUUUUACGAGUGCUUGGCAGCUAGCUAGGGCUUGUGGAUUUGUUCUCUUUUAAAAGUUCUUUUUUUAAUAGAUAGGAUUAAGCACA